AUGGCAUUGGAGCUCGCCCAUUUACGAAAGCUGUUGCAACCUCGCGAACUUCGCAACAACGGUGGGCGAAGUCGACGCGCGACAGUCGCGAUGACGAUCUCUCGCAUCCCUCCGUCCGACACGGUUCUCGAGGCGUCGCAGAAUACGACGAUGACGAUUCCCCCGCGAACGACGCUCAGAGAGUACCUCGAUAAGAUCACGGACCCGUUAGAAGCGGAGCUGCGGACUCGUUACUGGCUGCCGCACAUCACGGAUAUUGAUCCCGAUUCACCAUCGUUCUACUCCACGUUUUGCACCAAGACAAGCUGUCCGCUGCUGCCUCUCGAUAAGGGCGCGUCGUUUGUGGACCACGACACGCACGAGCUGGGAACCACGUCGCUCUUCGUGCACGACAACGACAAAGUGCUGCUCAAGACCGUCAAGUAUUCCCAUCCCAUGACAGCGGAUGCGGCAUCGGAGGAGGACUGCCAGUUCGUGCAGCACUGGCUGGUGCGAGCGGGGGCGAGGCCGCGCAUAUACUUCAAGCCGCAGGACGUGCGCGCUGCUGUUGUCACGUGCGGGGGGCUCUGCCCUGGACUCAAUGACGUCAUCCGCCAGGUGGUGAUGACACUCAACACGUACGGAGUGAGUGACAUUCGGGGCAUCAAGUAUGGCUUCCGGGGCUUCUUCGAUUCCUCCUUGCACAUACCGCUGAACCGCGCAGUGGUGGACAACAUUCACCUCAUGGGCGGCUCUUUCCUGGGCGUUUCCCGAGGGGGCUCCAACAGCCUCGAUAUUGUCGACUCCAUUCAGAAGGAGGGGAUCAACAUGCUGUUUGUGAUUGGUGGAAACGGCACCCACGCCGGAGCUCUGGCCAUUCACAAGGAGUGCUACAAGCGCGGCAUGAAGGUGGCGGUGGUGGGGGUGCCCAAGACCAUAGAUAACGACAUACUGUUGCUGGACCAGACGUUUGGCUUCGACACGGCUGUGGAGGAGGCGCAGAGGGCGCUGCAUGCUGCGUAUGUGGAGGCAUCCAGCGCGUACAGGGGCAUCGGCAUCGUGAAGCUCAUGGGGCGGCAGAGUGGUUUCAUUGCCAUGCACUCGUCGCUUGCCAGCGGGCAGGUUGACAUGGCUCUCAUCCCUGAGGUGCCGUUUUGUCUGGAGGGCCCCAAUGGGGUGUUGCAGCAUCUGGAGUAUCUGCUGGACCGCCAGGGCCACGCCAUCAUCUGCGUGGCAGAGGGUGCAGGGCAGGAUCUCGUGCAAGGAGAGGGCGGCACAGAUGCGUCAGGAAAUCCAAUCCUGUCAGACAUCGGGGUCUUUCUCUUGAAGCAGGUGCGGCGUCAUUUCAAGUCCAUCGGACGGCCAGCAGACGUCAAGUACAUCGAUCCAACGUACAUGAUUCGCGCGUGCCGCGCGAACGCGUCGGACAGCAUCAUGUGCGCCGUGCUCGGGCAGAACGCCGUUCACGGCGCGUUUGCUGGCUACAGCGGCAUCACCGUGGGAUUGGUCAACUCGCACUACGCGUAUAUCCCGAUCCCCGAAGUUAUCAGGCACGCGCGGCCCGUGGAUCCUAACGGUCGCAUGUGGCACCGGUGUCUCACAGCGACUGUUUCUUCUGACACACAACGAGUAAGAUGCUAUCAAUAUGGCGACUUGGAGCGGUUCGGUCAACAUUAUCCCAACCCUCUUAACUACAGCCGAGGAGAAUGCCUAUGCAAGCCCGUCCAUAAUUUCGUUAUCCUUUCCAUGCAGCGGUCCGGCAGCGGGUGGUUCGAAACAUUUUUAAACUCCCACCCGAACAUUAGUAGCCACGGCGAGAUAUUUAUAGUCAGGCCGCGGCGCGAAAACGCGUCGGCGGUCGCGGAAACGCUUGACCGCGUUUACAACCUGGAUUGGUCGAACAGCGCCGCGAAGAACUCGUGCACGAGCGCCGUCGGAUUCAAAUGGAUGCUCAACCAGGGCGCGAUGGAGUUCAGUAGUGACGUGGCAGAGUACUUCAAGAAGCACCACGUGUCCGUCAUCCUGCUGAUCAGGAGGAACGUGCUGCGGCGGCUCAUCUCCAUCCUGGCGAACGCGUACGAUCGCAAGACGCAGCUAGUGGGAGUGCACAAGUCGCACACACAUAGCAAAGAAGAGGCGGCGAAGCUGGCGACGUUUCGGCCGAACGUGAACGCGAAGCACCUGGAGGGCAACCUGCAGCGCGUGCAGGAGAUGGUGGACGACGCGCUCCGGGCGUUCAACGGCACGCGGCGCAUGCUAGUGUACUACGAGGACGUGGUCAAGAACAAGACGAUCCUGGAGAAUGUGCAGCGCUUCUUAGGGGUGCCAGCACAGGAGCUGACAAGCAAGCAGGUGAAGAUCCACACGCGGCCGCUGAGGGAGUCCAUUGAGAACUACGAUGCCGUGGCUGCCAAGCUCAAAGGCACCGAGUUUGAGAAAUUCCUGGAGGAUGAGAGCUAUGGUUGA